AUUUCAGGCAAAUUGACAAGUAGUAAGCUCUGAAAUCAUCGUCGGAUUUAUUUAUUUACUUCUCAUUUAAAAACAAUAAUUUCAAAUCUCAUUUCUUCCGCAAUUUAAGACGACAACUGUUAAAAGGACAUAUUAUAUUUCUAAGUAUUAAGUUAAUAGUUACUGCGUCAUUAGAAUCCUUCGUUGUUUACAAAAGCGUGUACGAUUACAUCAAAUUAUAUCUAUUAUCUAACCAUUGAAAAAAUUGCGUUUUAUAAAAAUGAUACCAGAUAACGUGACCCUGAUUGUGAAGGCUCCAAAUCAGCAAAUAGAAGACCAAAAUAUCGAGUGUCAAACCUCUUGGACUGUCCGUCAGCUAAAAGGUCACUUAUCUGAAGUUUAUCCCAGUAAACCGAAAACUGAAGAGCAGAAAAUAAUUUAUUCUGGCCAGUUAUUAGAUGACAACUCAGUGUUAAAGGAUGUUUUGCGUAAUUAUGAAUACCCAAUAACUCAUACUAUGCAUCUAGUCUGCAGUUCUAAGAACAAAAUGGACACACCAGAACCUAAUACAGAUGGUAUCCGAAAUAGAAAUGGAGCACAUGCAAAUGAGACAGCACCACCAGAAAUGAGACAGAAUGAUCAAAACCACACUGUGGAAAUGCAGAAUUAUUUAAGUUCUUUUGUUAAUAACUAUGGGAGGGUGCCACCAUACCAGAAUUAUAACUUCAAUGAUAGAUAUCUACCAAUGCAGCAAGCAUACAUGCAGUAUAUGCAACAGUAUGCUAAUUUGUGGCAAGCCUAUGCAGUUAACACAAUGCCCCCCCAAGAAGCUCCACAAGCACCAGCGCCCCCUCCGGCCCCAGCUCCACAGCCGAUGCCCGAAGAAGGCCGCGACUGGCUCGACAACUUGUACAUGGCGUCGCGUAUCGCCGUAUUAAUCUCGCUACUCUACUUUUAUGGUAGUCCAGCGAGACUAUUUCUGGUCUUCAUACUUGUUGUUACAGGAUAUCUACACCAGAUUGGCUUCUUCCGCGACCUGCUGGUAAAUCCAAACAACAAUUUACAACAAAACGAUAGAAAUCGAGUGAAUCAACCCCCUCAAGGGCAAGAGGGUGAUCCAACCCCUCAGGCGGCACAACAGACCCCACCAGCGGAACAAGAAACACCAGACCCCUCAAUCAACCAAAACCCUCCAGAUGAUGAUCAAUCACUGCUAGCAGUAACUUGGACUAUUUUUACAACAUUUUUCGCGUCUUUAAUACCGGAAGCUAAUUGAUUUUAAAGUUCUUACGUAUACUUUGGUGUGAAUCGAGUUUUAGACGGUUGGUUUAUUGCUUCAAAAUUUGUCAAAGACAAUUUAUAAAAAGGAAAGUCAAAUUUUGAGUUAUUUUUAAUAAACUAUCAAUUGCUUCUUGGAACCAAUUGAAUUUCCUAACUACACCAAUUUGGCCUACUCAGGUGAUGAUCACCUGUUAUAUUUUUAUGAAUUUAUAUUCUAAUUAAACUGCUUACAAAUAGUUGGUAAUUUGUGUUUCUAAAAAUUGUUUAGUACUAAACUAAUUGUUGAUGCAAAAUGUAAUUUUAACAAUUUGCAUAUUCAAACUAACUUUCAAUCAGGCUUUUGUUGUGUAUUAUGCAAAAUAUUUCUACAAUCAAAGGGUUAUAACACUUGUAAAUUAUUAUGUAAUUAGUAUAAUAUUUGAUUCAUGUACCAGUAAAGUAUCCAUUAUCUAUUGAAUAGAAGGUAUAUACAUUUUCAAUGGUUGAGAUGUAUAAAAUUUGUAUUGUUAUCUAUUUUUUAAAUGGAAAAAACAAUUUUAAUACAAUUUCUCUAAUAUAUGUAAAAAAGUUUGUCUUGUAAUUAAAAAAUAUUAAUUAUCAAGUAAUUCGUUAAAUUAUCAAGUAAAUUGGCAUUUAAAAUAUUGCGUAUAUUUAAAUGUACUGAUCCAAAACCAAAUAUUAAAUGUAAAUAUUUAAAUUAGGAUUAAUUAGUUAAUUAUUUCGUAAUAUGAAUUUUGGGAAUUGCUUUAUAUUUAGAAUAAUAACUUAGAAAUACAUGUAAAAUUGUUAAUUGGUUUUGUAUAUUAUACAAUUGUAAAGUGGACCGCGAAGACCUUACUUCAUAGAGUAGGUUCUUCACGCAACUUCUCACAAUAUGUGGGGAACUCCUAGCCAUGAUGAGACAUGGUGAUAUUCGUCCACUUCCGUUUCGGAAAAGCGUCGGGUACUGUAAAUUUGAAUAAAUUAUGAAAGUUAAAGUGUACCGCUUUCUUGUAUGUUAUAUCUUGUCAGCACAUAUAGCGUAUGAAUCAGGUAUUAUGGGCAGGAUUGCUGGCAAAAAAUAUUAGAGAAAAAAAAUGGUAGGAACUGAAAGUUGAUCAUACUUGCAUAUUAAAAUGGAACAUGUAAAAAUGUAUUGUUGCGGUACAUUGUAAUGUGUAAGGUGACCAUGUUUUUUUAGACAAACCAUGUGUUGAAAACAUCAUCAUCAAUAGUAUUUUUCAAAUACUUUAAUCUCACUAUAAAAGACAUAGUUCACUUUCUAGUUAUACAAAUGCCAUAACUUGACCAUGACCUUAGUACUUCAGCCGACUAGAAAUUAGUUCUCGGUGCCAAGAUUAUAGUGGCUUCUAGCAAAACUAUGAUUUGGCAUCUUUAAUUUGAGUCAGUAUGAAAAUGCCACACCAUUUUUAUUUUUGCAGAAAUAAAUAUUUCUACGCUAAAUGUUAUUUAUUUACAUCGUUUACAUCUGCAUUUGUAGAAUAAGGUUAUUUAAAGUUUAUUUUCAACCAUUGUGUACUGUGAUAAGUAUUUUCGUUUGAAAUAAUGUAAUAAAUUUUUUCGAAAUUUAA